ACGUCGAAAAAGAAGAGCAACAAGAACAAGAAAAGACAAAAAGAUUCGUAAGAAAAUGGGAAGAGCUCCAUGCUGCGACAAGGCAAACGUGAAAAAAGGGCCAUGGUCGCCUGAAGAAGAUGUGAAGCUCAAGGACUACAUCGACAAAUAUGGCACUGGUGGCAACUGGAUCGCACUGCCUCAGAAAAUUGGGUUGAAGAGAUGUGGUAAGAGUUGCAGACUGAGAUGGCUUAAUUACUUAAGACCAAACAUCAAACAUGGUGGCUUUUCUGAGGAAGAAGAUAGUAUCAUCUUGAGUCUUUACAUCAGCAUUGGAAGCCGGUGGUCUAUAAUUGCAGCUCAGCUUCCUGGAAGGACAGACAAUGAUAUCAAAAAUUACUGGAACACAAAACUGAAGAAGAAGCUGCUCGGAAGACAGAAACAAAUGAAUCGUCAAGACUCGAUUGCUGAUUCGAAUGAAAACAAUAUCAGCAGCAACAACAACAAGAGUCCUCAAAAUCUUAGUAAUUCGGCACUAGAGAGGCUUCAACUUCACAUGCAGCUUCAGAAUCUACAAAGCCCUUUCUCUAGUUUCUACAACAACCCUAUGUUGUGGCCCAAGCUUCAUCCACUACUGCAGAGUACUCCAACCACUCCUGAUCAAAACUCUAAACUUGGAUCCCAAGAAAGCUUCCACCCUCUAGGAGUUAACGUUGUUCAUCAGAACAAUAAUAUCAAGCUAGCUGAGAUCAACGAUGGAGUCUCUCCUCUCUAUUCAGAGAACGUAGAGCAAUCCCUAAACCCUACUCACGGAUUUCAACCUAAUUUCGGUUUUUCGCAGGAUCUUCAGUUAGAUGAUCAUAACAUGGACCUUAUGAACAGAGGUGGUUCUAAAGAAUUGUUUCAAGUGGGAAACGAGUUUGAGCUAACGAACGGUUCUAAUUGGUGGUCGGAGGAAGUCGAGUUAGAGAGGAAAACAACAUCGUCGAGUUCUUGGGGAUCAGCUUCUGUUCUUGAUCAGACGACUGACGGAGUGGUAAUGCUUCAAGAUUAUGGUCAGAUGAGCUACCAUAGUGUGUAAUAAUUUAUGUCAUGCAUAUAUACAUUUAUGUAUAAUUAUAGGAAUGAAUUAUUGAUGAUUAUGUAUUAUUACGAUCAUAAGCUUAUAGCAUGUGUCGAGCGUGAAAGUUUUUUUUUCUUCAU